CAGAAGGAACAGGAAAGUAUGUGGGGUUUACCCACUGUUGUCCGAAGAUCCCAGGAGGACUAUUGUCCUUCAGCUCCUAACCCUCCUCUUAACCGUUGGGCCUCCCAGGCCCACGUUGCAAUCUCUAUCCUUCCUGGACAGUUUCCUCUCAGUGAUGAGCUUCGGACAAAACUAGAGCGUCACCUUCGAAAGAGGCUCAUCCAGCACCGGUGGGGCAUGCCCUACAGGAUCUAUGAGCCUCUAUUAUUGAUGAUGCGUCCAAGAAUUUUUUCAGAGAUACCUGCCUCACAGCACUAUCGUGGACGCACAUGGAUCUCUAAGAGUCAGAGUAAAUUGAGCGCAUCUGAAAGCUUCUAUGAGGGGGACUCAGACAUACUUCAGCUAGAGGACGAUGACCUGGAGAAGGACGGUGACCAGAAGGACAAAAAUGACCUGGAGAAGGAUCAGAGACACCACCCAGAGAAGGGCCCAAAAGAUUAUCUGUUGACUGACCCAGAGAGCUCUUCAGAUAAUGAUAUGGGGUAUGAUUGUGAGAAAGAACUUAGGAGCCCAUCAGAGAAAAACUUAACGGUGUCUGUGGAGACUGCAGGUCAGAGACAACUUGAAAAUGCUCUGAAAAUACAUCAGAGCAAAAAGUUUAAAGAAAUCAGUGAGGGUCAGCUCCCUGGGACUGUGCACAGUUCAUGGCAUAGUAUGAAGCAGCCAUUGCUUCUUUCUGAGAAAUCCCACACUGAAGUAAAACAGAAAAGUUUGUCACCAUCAGUGGCUGAGGACUGCUCCCUGAAUACUUUCCAGGAGCUUCCCUUUGUUGAAUCUAGAGCACAACAGAUGCUGGAAGCCCAUAUUAAAAUGUUUCAUAAGAUGAUGACGUGGGGACUUCCCCCCAGGGUCCUUGAAUCCAUACAGCUCUUUAAAUCGAUGGAGGCCACAUCCCGUUCUAGCUUUUCCUCCUCAAUCAACCUGAUUUCUGAGGUAAAUUCUAAACCUGGGGGCUUCAACUCCCUUAGAGGAAGCUCUAAAUAUCUCCAUGGAGACAAAGCGGGAACAGCAAAUUCAGCCCCCAUCCUGGACCGUCCUCUCCCUGCCACCUCAACUGUGGGCAAGGAAGAACAGAGAAUUCCGUGGCAAUCACCCUCUGAUAACAACCAUGAGCUUGCAGGGGAUGUUCAGAAAAUUGAUGGCAGACAGACUUGUACACCUGUCAAACAUGACACCGUAGGCAACAGACGGCCCCCAAAGCUGCCUGCAAGGCAAGCUGGGGCCAGACAUGAGCCAAAGGAUAAGAGUGCAAAUUCCAGCAGUAGAGGAGGAAAGCAACAAGGAAAAAAAAUGAAGAAUUUAGAACCUGCUGCUGUGUCCACAAUGUCCAGGGAGCCAAGAAGCGCCCCAAUUGCAAAGGUGAAUGACAAAGUAAAAACUACUGUCCCCAUGAAACGCCCCCAACAAAACAUAUCAAUUUACCAAGAUCAAAAACCAAUGAAAGAACAAUUGAUUCACGAAUUAAAGGAGAAACUUAAGAGAAAGGAGAGCCAGGCACAAGCCCAAUGCACUGCAUUGCCCCCUGCAGCAGAUAUUUUGAUUGAUAAGGCCUCACUAACUCAUGCCCAUGAUGUCUCCACUGGGGACAAGGGAGCUUCCCAGGUGCUACAUGUCCAUCCAGAGGACACAAGAAUAAAUCGGGAAAAACAGCAGGAGCCCUGGGUCCCUAGGCAUGUACUAGGGAAGUGCCAAAACAAUCUCCCACCAGCUGUUAUGACCAUGAGCUCCAAGGCACAAGAGCUUGGUGGAGGGGAUGCAGGAUUGGGGACAUCCCAACAUAGAAGAUACAGUUUCCCUACUGAGGAUGUGGCAUUGAAGAAUAGGUUCUCUACUAACCAUGUGGUAUUGAAGGAAAAGCUGGAAAGCAAGCCUUCCCAGACCCUAUCACAGAAGGGUCAGCCUCCUUCUGAAAGCUUUUUCAGAAAAAAAAUGAAAGAAUUUGAGAUAUGGAUUAAUAAUGCUGUAAAAUACAAAAAUGAAAACUUCCAGGAAAAGAGCAGGCCCCUAUCUGUGGAAAGCAGAGGCCUACGUAAUGGUCAAACUGCCUUUGCUGGGAUGACCAAAGCUCAGAAAAUUACACCAGACAUUGGGAAGUUCCUAGAGGAAAAAAAGGGGUGUCGCCACCCAACAGAUAGCACCCACUCUCAACAGCUGAUUCCCUCCCCAAUCAAAUUUGGGAAAAUUCAGCAAAAAGAAGUGUGGGCCCAGGCACAGCCUGUCCAGGGGUAUCCCUUCAACUACAGGGCUCCCUCCUAUAAGGAGACAAACACCAAGUCCUGCCACCAAGAAGUUGUCUGUGCUGGCCAAGGCCAUACUGGAAGCAUCAGACAGCUCAGAGACCAGAAUAUGCCCCAGAAAGCUGUGGCAUUUAAGGACCAGCUACUGCAUCAGAAGUACCCCCUAUCCAUGGCCCACAGGGAGCCUGUGCCCCACCCAAACACCACCUGCAGGCAUCAAGCUGGCCAGGGGCCUCGGGUCACUCUCACCACUGCUGAAGGCACUGCGUUCAGAGAGCUGUCUCAACUAUUUAGACAGAAAACCCUUCUCCAGAAUUUCCAGGGGGGGAAAUUUCCUACCCCAAAAUAA